CAGUAAGCUAUCCGCAUCAUCGUACAUUGUUACUCGAAUGACCUGCCUUUCUGGUAAUGUAGAUUGUGUUUUGUCCCCAAUCAAGUUCACCUGCAUUGUUCAAAGAAGGAGUACUACAGUAUUUAAAAUGAAACAGUUCGUGUUGUGAAAAGAUAUUGUAAUGAGGUUGCACCUGCCCAAAUGCGGCCAUAGGGCGGAUGGCGUGACAGCGUGAAAUCACAGCUGAUUUGACACAUGAAUCAUGGAGAUUACACAGAGAGCUCUGGUGUAUUGACUUAUUUUCUCUCUGCCUAAGGCAGCAUGCGUCACAAAAAAUAGGGAAAAAACAGUUCAAUGAGAAUCUGUUUGUACCAGUGUUCGUGGGGCAAUAAUAGUGUGUUGACGCAUUGGAUAUAAUUUCGUAUUGUUCAAAAUGAAAAUGGAAGACGACGCCUUCGCUGAUGAAAGUCAGUUUGUUGUUGAUGAAGUGAGUGCUAUUAUAAAAGAAGCUAUCGAAAAUUCAAUUGGUGGAAAUGCGUAUCAACACAAUAAAGUGAAUCAGUGGACAUCGUCUGUUGUAGAAUCCUGCCUAGGAGCUCUAACAAAAUUGCAAAAACCUUUUAAAUAUAUAGUAACAUGCACAAUAAUGCAGAAGAAUGGAGCUGGACUACAUACAGCUAGUUCCUGUUAUUGGGAUAAUAGCACUGAUGGAAGCUGCACUGUUCGUUGGGAGAAUAAGACCAUGUACUGCAUUGUCUCAGUUUUUGGUUUGGCUGUGUGAAUGUAUGUGACUACCAAUCUCGUUGUAAAUUAAAAUUUUUGUAUUGUGUUGUAUUUAAUACUUAUGACAAGCCGCAGAAGUAGGGGUAUAAUUACACUCUAAUAACUUCAUUAUUCCUAAGUUAUCAGUGUCUAUUUAUUGACUGUCUUUUUCUGUUUAUUCUCGCUGAUUGUAACUCCUACCUGAAACCAUGCCUACAUUUUAUUGCAGCCUUUGAAUUCAAAGUGAAAGUUGGUUUCAAUAAAGCAUUAAACUAACGAGGAUGCAUAAUUAUUAAAUCCAUACAUUAACAAUGCAAUUUUAUUUCAAAAAACUAAUUAAAUUAAUUAAACUUGAAAAGCUUGGUUACAAACUUUGUAGAAAAUAAUUUAUAUAUCAAAUAUACUUGUACAUUAAAAAGUAUUUAUUUUUUCUGAUCUUUUUUGUAGUUUUAAUUUUUUAAUUUAAUGAUCUCUGCAUUUGUGCUUCUUUUCAAUUUAUUUUAACUAACAAAAUCUGCAAGGCCGUUAUGGUUACCACUUUCCUGUAUUGACUGUAAAGAGAUUCAUGUACAGUUAUCCAAUACAUUUCAUUCAAAAGGGAAUAUUUUGGAUAAAGAGGUCAUAAUGAAAGUGCAAUUGCACCUUCCCAUCUCUGAAAUAGGCAGGGAAAUAAUAACUAAUCUGCUGAGAUAUAAUUUUAAGUUUCAUGAUUGUCACAUUUAUUAAUGUUUAAUAUUGCAGUUGAGGAUACCCAAAAUUGUAAUAAUAAAAAAUAAUACACAAGUGCAGACUUGUGUUGGUUUGCACUAUAAAAUGCAAUGAUUUUUUACCUAUUUGCUGCAUGAAUUGGAUAAAAAAGAGCAUUUUAUUCCAAAGAUAAAUCAUUUUUUAACCUUUUGUGCUUGAACAGUAGAGAUGUCAUCUUGAAACAACACACACACACCAACUUAGAGAUAAGAAGCCCUGCAGCUUGAUCGGUAUCUCUUCAAUGCCAUUUUGAAAUAGCAUGGUGUAGUGGCUCUUGCUGCUUGCACAAAUAUUAGAUCCUUCAGCAAGACCAUGUUAACUUCCAUC